AUGAAUACCAUCAGUUCGCUCGCGGCGAUAUGCGUCUUCGCGCAAGUUGGCUCUGCCGGCCUCACCCCGUCCACUGCCUUGCUGAGGACCCGGCAGACUGGCUUGCUCGACUGUCUGGGCAACAAAUCGGUCCCGCUAGCAGUUUCCACGAGUGCGAACUGGACUGAAUUCGUCACCAGCUACAAUAUUCGUCUCCAAUUUGACCCCGCGGUUAUUAUCAUUCCCGAGACGAAUCAGCAAGUGUCCGACGCGGUCGCCUGUGCUUCUCAAAAUGGCAUAAAGGUCCAAGCCAAGUCAGGUGGCCACUCAUAUGCCUCGACAAGCUCGGGUGGAAAGGAUGGGUCUAUGGUAGUUGAUCUGCAGCGCUUCCACAACGUUACUGUCGUCGACACCAGUGGAAUCGCGUCUGUGGGUGCUGGAGCAAGGCUGGGUAAUAUGGCUCUGACUUUGAAUGAGAAGGGUCGAGCCCUAGCACAUGGCACCUGUGCUGGAGUUGGCGUAGGCGGCCACUUCAGUCUGGGAGGGUAUGGGUAUACCUCUCGAGCCUGGGGUAUGGCCUUGGACCAGAUUGUGGGACUGGAUGUUGUAAAGGCGGAUGGUGAGAUCGUCCAUGCUUCGGCAGAGGAGAACCCUGAUUUAUACUUUGUGAUGCGAGGGGCUGCUCCGUCUUUUGGCAUCGCGACAACCCUGUACCUUCAGACCCAGCCAGCUCCCGCCGUGACGACCUAUUUCGGCUUCUCAUUCCCCGGCGCCGCCCCAGCAACCAGCAUUGAUACCGCCGUGUCAUCCUUCAUACAUCUCCAGACCCUGGCCCAGAACGCCUCGGUGACAACACGCAACCUCAGUUUCGGAAUUACCCUCGGUGCGAACGGCUUCCAGGUCCGCGGUGUGUACCUCGGAUCACCAAGCGACUUCAACAACACCAUAUCACCCGAGCUUUUGCGCGGUUUGCCCCAGCCCUCGUCGCCAGUGACUGUGCAGGAACUCGACUGGCGAGCCAACUUAGAGAACCUGAAUGGAGGAGGUUUGGUCGUGUCUACCGCUGAGCCGUACACGGCGCGAGGCAACUUUUUUGCCAAGAGCGUAGCCGUCCCGGAGCCGGGGUUCUCUGCCGCGGCACUGAGGAGUUACAUGAGCUACAUCGCGACCCAGGGCGCGAACCCGCCAACACCCGUGUCAUGGUUUGCCAUUGUUAACCUGGACGGUGGAGCAGACAGCCAGAUUAACACGCGGGGCCCCGAGUUCUCCGCGUAUGGGCAUCGUAACCUUAUGUGGACGGUGCAGAACUAUGGAUUCGUUGGGGCCGACGACGCGUUUCCUCAGACGGGAAUCGAGUUCAUGAACGGGCUCAAUGGGGCCAUUACGGAUGUCUUGGAUGACGAGGGGGUCCAGUACGGCGCGUAUAUAAACUAUGCCGAUCCCACUCUUGGUGCUGAUGAGGCGAAUCGGCUAUACUAUGGCGAUGAGUUGGUGUCGAGGCUAAAGGAGCUCAAGGCGACUUUGGACCCGAGCAAUGUUUUCGCCCAUCCACAAUCAAUUAUCUCGAGUGGUUGA